GACAUCUACAGGUUUGUCAACAUAGAUCCCUGAUGUUUUCAGUCUGCUGCCAGUCUUAGUUAGUUAACCCAUCUCUUCCUGGAUCAGACCACCCCGCUAAUCACCCUGCUGCACGACACCCUGAGACCCCCCUCAGACACCUGGCCAAUCGCUGGCUCUGAACAGAGUUGCCAUGGACACUGAGUCUAUCCAGUCUGGCUACUCCAGCCACUCCAACAGAUCCAACAGACAUGGGGAGCAGAGUCGGCGUGAUCAUCGUAAGCUUAGCAGUAAGGACAGUAGCCGGUCGGAGAGGUCUGUCAUCAACACCCCCGACGGGCCCACUCAGGCCUCCCCCACCCACAACAAUGAGCCCCUGCUGAAAGACCCCAUCUCCGUGACUGGAGACGAGGCUCCGAGCCUCCAGGAUGAUAACUGGGGGGAGACCACCACGGCGGUGACCGGCACCUCAGAGCUCAGUCUAUCCCAGGAGGAGGUGGUUGGUCUGUGGAAGGUACCGGACGACGGCCGGAGGCAGGGCUGUCGGCUCUACACUCCCCUGAUUCUGGGCAUCUGUGUGGGGCUAGUGGUCCUGGCCACCCCCCUGGCCUUCCUGGUCCUCCCGGCAGUGUUGUGGCCAGCCAGGCUGCAGGCCUGUGGCUCUGCCUGUGAGGGCCUCUUCCUCUCUGUGUCCUGUAAACUCCUCAUUCUCCUGCUUGCUGUAUGGGCUAUCUUCCUGCGCCAGGCCAGUGCCAGCCUGCCCAGAGUGUGUGUGUAUCGAGCCCUCCUGGCCAUGCUCACGCUGCUGCUCACACUCUCCUACUGGCUGUUCUAUGGGGUCCGCAUCCUUGACUCACAGGAUGAGGACUACCAAGGUAUCGUCCAGUUUGCUGUGUCUCUGGUGGACUCUCUGCUGUUUGUCCACUACCUGGCCAUUGUGCUACUGGAGAUCAGACAGAUCCAGCCCUGCUACAGCCUGUGUGUUAUACGCUCCACUGACGGGGAGACAAGCUGCUACAACCUGGGACAGCUCAGUAUUCAGAGGGCAGCUCUGUCUCUGCUAGAGUUCUACUACAGAGACUUUCCUCUUCAUAACCCCGCCCUUCUCUCCACCUCCAAGCACCGUGCCACCAAGCACCUGGCUGGCCUCAAGGUCUACUCCGUGGAUGGCCCAGGGCCAGCAGAGGGGUCGGGGGGACUGAAGGUGGGGGGCAAGUCUCAGACCAUGAUCUCUGCAGCAGCCAGGCACAAAAACACAUCUCAUAACGAACUAUACUACGAAGAGGCAGACUAUGACAGACGGGUCUGCAAACACAGAGCCAGGCUAGUGGUGGCUGUGGAGGAGGCCUUCAUGCAUGUGAGGAGGAUGCAUCAGGAGGAGCAGAAAGUGUCCCCCGGGGAUGUGAUGGAUGUACGGGAGGCUGCCUCGGCCAUCUUCCCCUCCAUGGCCCGCGUCCUGCAGAAAUACCUCCGAACCACCAGGAGGCAGCACUGCCACAGCAUGGACAGCAUCCAGAGACACCUGGCCUUCUGCCUCACACACAACAUGAGCCCCAAGGCAUUCCUGGAGGCCUACCUGUCCCCUGGUCCUACGCUGCAGUACGGUCAAGAGCGCUGGAUGGCCGAUCAGUGGACUUUGGUCAGCGAGGCUGCGGUCACCAGCGGUCUAAAGGAGGGCAUGGUCUUCUCCCUUAGGUGUCUAGACUUCAGCCUCGUGGUCACGGUCAAGUCCAUCCCCUACAUUCGAAUGACCGAGGAGUACGUUGACCCCAAGUCACACAAGUUUACCCUGUGUCUCCAAUCUGAAACAUCAGUCUAACAGACACGGAAAACUGUGGCUAUUCUAGAAUUACAGUAUCUUACCAUUUUGGUAUGUUUUUUGUGUUGUGUUUCUUAAACCCUUUUCUACUUUGA